GGGCUCCAGCGCGCGGCGCGCGCGGCGCCAGACGCGCGGCGCGACCGCCAGGCUGGGCGCCAUGGCGGCGGGUGCUGCCGCCGUCAUGGUCCGGGGCAUGCCGGGGGGCCGGAGCAGCAAGAUCUACGCCGCGUGCGAGCAGCUCGUGGCCGCCCUGCGUGUACGCCCGGAGGUGGCCCUGCGCGCGGAGGGCGCCGCGGCGGCGCUGUCGGCGCUGCGCGUGUGCGCGGCGGCCGAGCACGAGCUUCGCAGGGCCUCCGGCUUUUUGCCGGGCUUCGGGCGCCUGGCGCUGCGCCUGGGGGCCUUCGGGGACACCGGCGGCGGCGUCGUGCUGCUGGCGUCCGUCGGCAGGCUGCCGGGGGCCCCCGCGGCGCCCGCGGGCUCGCCGCCGUUGCCCGUCGCCCGCCGCAGCGACCCCGGCGAGGUCGCGGGGGCCCUGGCUCGGCGCCUGCGCGCGGGCGGCGCCGGCCCUGUGGUGCUGAGGGCGGUGGGCCCCGCGGCCGCGGACAACCUGCUUCGCGCGGUGCGGGCGGCGCAGGCGGAGCUGGCGGCGAAGGGCGCGGCACUGGCAGUGGCCCCAGCGCUGGGAGCCUCCCUUGCGUUCGACCGCCUCGACCAGAAUGAGCUGCAGGCCAGCGUCUUCUGGUGGACGCAGCCGGCCGCGCCACUGCUGGUGCUGCCGGGGCGGUGAGGUCGCAGCCGCGGCGGCGCAGGGGGCGGGCCUCGGCAUGCUCCCUGGUGUGCGUCGUCCUGCAAUUCCCUCGCUUCGCCCCCCUGUGCCGCCCUCGUCCUGUUCCUGCUCCUGCUUCUCCUGCUUCUCCUGCCCUUUGUGCCCUCUCCUACGGCUCCUCGGGCGCAGAGCGCGGUGCAGGCGGGGGGGGUCGGAUUAGAGCAUCCAGAGUUUGUUUCCACAUCCGAAUUGCGCGG